GGUACAAAACGUGUGGGGGAAAAAUGCACUCCUUGGCAUGAAAAAAAACUCCAGCCUUGGCACCUUUUAUACCAAUGUGUUUAAUGCAGAAUGGAUGUGUCAUCGAUGCUUUUCUGUGGGUGGAUCGGACGGGGGGAACCACACGGCCUUGGAAAAGGUUGUGCUACAAAGCACAUCUGGAUGGAUCUGAAGCAUCUUCCUCUCUGCGCUGCAAAGGCUGCACUGCAAAGCACGUCUGGAUGCAUCUGAAACAUCUUUCUCUGUGCUUUAAAAUCUUAUGUUAUUGCUUUUUCUCCCCCCUCCUCCCGAGGGCCAGGUGCCUUCCGAAGCGACCACGGAGCUGCGUUUGCAACAGGCUCGGACCUUCAAGGAAGAAGGGAACCGCUAUUACAAAGAAGGCCGUUUCAGAGAUGCUGUGAGCCGUUACCACUGGGCCUUGCUGCAGAUUAGAGGCCUGGAUCCCAGCACGCCUUCUCCUCUGCAGGAAUUUGUCGCCGAGAAGCCCGCUAUGACGCCUGAACAGGAGAAACUCCUCUACAGCAUCCAGAGCGAUUGCUACAAUAACCUUGCCGCUUGCCUCCUUCAGAUGCAACCCGUGAAUUAUGACCGUGUCAAACACUACAGUCUCAAAGUUUUGGAAAGACAAGCAGACAACGCCAAGGCGCUUUACCGGGCCGGAGUUGCGUUUUACCACCUGGGGGAUUACGACAAAGCCCAACAUUACCUUUUGUCAGCAACCAGCAGACAGCCCAAAGACGCGAACGUCAAGCGCUACCUGCAACUGACCGAGUCACAGCUGAGUAGCUAUCUUCAGAAGGAGAAACAGUUAUACAUGGGAAUGUUUGGGUAGAGAAAUCAAGUCAUCGCAGGAAAUCCCCAGACGUUGCAGGCCGUGCGUUUCCGUUUGUCCGUGGACCACGCGGGCGAUCGAUUCCGGAGGGGUCAGAUAGGUAGUGCCUUGAAAAAUGCAAAGAACCCAGCUAGAAAAAAACAUCACCGGGAGAUUGUCUCCUAUCCGUUUCUGCCACCUCGGUGGAAAUCUAUCGUGGGCAGACGUUGCGCUUCCAACUUGGCUAAAACGGGAACGGUCCCUCGUUCCCACAUUUGUUCAUAAAGCAUUGUGAGAAAUUCACUUUUGUGGGUCUGAUUUCCUUCCGUUGGCGGACCAGGACACACGGCAGAGCUGAACGCCGAAAUCUGAAUUCCUUGUUCGUCGCCAGCUUUGGAGUCCUGUCUCGGAAGGGGAAGAGCAGAGACUGCUUUUUAAGGAACUGCCCGGGCUCGCUCGUUGCUUAACUAUUGAAUAAAACAGGUUUACAAAACAGGGAAAGCAAAUCA